GAAUCACAGAAUCAUUAAGGUUGGAAAAGACCUCCAAUACCAGCAACUCCAGCCUUUAUGCUCCUUCUGGAUACUCCUCAGACUAUUUCUGGCUGAUCAUAGAUGUUUAUAUAUUUUCCGGAAUUGGAGUGUGCUCAUUUGUAAGAUUUCAGGAUGUAACUGUGUAAGUAAAUGCCAUUUGGUCAAAGGGGAAACUGAAACAAAUCACAACCCAUCUUUUCCUCAAAGCACUAUAAGAGCAAUGUGACAUCUGUGCUGCAUUUUACAAAAACGAAACAGGAAUUUGUGGAGAUCAUUUAACAUUGUUGCUGAGAGCUUUAUUCUACCUGGGUAGCAGCAGCACUUGGAGACGUGGCCUUUUUUCAAGGAACUUAGGCCAUUUUGGUCUAAUUUAUCUUGGAAGUUACUUUUUGUUUCUCCCAGGGCCUUCAUUUGCCUUUAAUUUUAAAGCCUAUCUUAACUGAUAUCCUUUACAUCUGAGAGAAAGAGUUAUGUAUGAUAGUUUUUCCAGCUGAUGAUGUUGUUCUUUCUCCUAAUCUAGUUUUAACCACUUGCCAUACAAGCCUGGUUGCUGUCAGAUGGGCUUCUAAGAAAAGUGGGGGCAGCUCGAAAAACCUCGGUGGCCGCAGCCCUGGGAAACGCCAUGGGUUCAAAAAAGUCGAAGGUGCAUUUGUCCACGCAGGAAACAUUUUGGCUACGCAGCGAUUGAUCCGCUGGCAUCCCGGUGCUCACGUGGGGAUGGGCCGUAACAAGACACUCUAUGCCCUGGAGGAUGGGAUUGUGAGAUACACCAAAGAGGUCUACGUGCCCCCACCCCGCAGCAGCGAGAGCAGGGAUGUGAUCUGCCAGCUGCCCAAAGGAGCAGUCCUUUAUAAAACUUUUAUCAGUGUCGUCCCUACCACAGAAGUAGGAAGCUUCAAACUCGUCACCAUGCUGUGAACCUGCUGUGUCAUGUGGGCACAGAUGGAAAGGACAGACCACUACAGCUAUACUGGCAUCUGAGGACAAGAGUGGCUCUGAAGAUACCAUUUUAGGACUUGGUUUUGCUCCUGAAGCGCUUAUGAUCUGUGUUCAGAAACUGAGAUGACCUGCUGGCAUUUUAAAGAGUGUUUAAUAAACGCUGUAGGGCAGCUGAGGGUCUUGGCUGCUCAUGGAA